UUUUAGCAGAAUCAAAUCUUCCGACGAACAUGGAGAGCUUUCGAGCAGCCCUGAAGCAAUUUGCUAGCCAUGUCUCUAAAGCAGCCUGUAUCUAUGGCACAGCCAUUGGGCUUUUCUCCUACCAUGUCCUGCUUAACAAGGACAUGGCUUGCACUUGCAAAGAACAACUGGGAGCCUGCUGGUUAUACAUGACUUCACCAGCAUGUUUACUAUUUGUCUUAAUACUCUGGAUUGACAAACCCUUUCAGAGAUCCAUCAAGUACAAGCUGUAUAAUUGUGACCGUAAAUUUAUAAGGGUAUUAUCGAUUCGAAUUCUCAAGGCAGCUAUGGUCAGUACGUUGUGGUGUAUAGCCGUUCUCAUCGAUGGAGACUGGUUUGUUUGCUGUUACAAUGAUCACACCGAACAACAAGCACAGUUGGCCUGCAAAGACAAGACUGCAAAGACAGCUGAGGAUCAAGCACUCAUCGCUGAGCUGAAGAACAAGUCAAGGGAAAUCGGCUUGCCUCUUCUCUGUAUCACCUUGGUGGCUUCCUGCAUGUCAGCAGUACCGUUGGACCUCUGCACUGCCAACGCUGACAAGCUUAAGGAUAUUAUUUUGGAAGAAUGUGAAAACCUAGCGACGAAGAAGCUGAGAGAAAAUGCAAAUGUUAAGCUGACUGAAAAACUCAACGCCUGUUUUACUGGUAAUGACUGGGUAAAAUGUUUUGAUUUUGACGAGAUUACUAAAGAGAUAAUAUCCGCCCCGAAUAACACACCAGCAGAUGCCUCUACUCCAGAACCAGCCGAACCUUCAUCUCCAGGACAAUCAACCGAAUCCACACCUUCAAUCCCUAUGAAGCAAAUUAAUCAGGCCGAUAGUUAAACUGUUUAAACGUGAUUUUAAUCACUUCAACAACAGUAUUUUUUUCAUUGCUAUGAAACCUAAACCUGUACUCUAUAGAGCUCAACAGUCCCGCCCACAGCCGACUCCGGAAGUAAAAAUCCCAUUAAUUUUCUCCAUAAGGAUUUAGAUUAUCUACCAUAAUAUCUAA